AUGUCGACAAAGGCGACCCUCACCGUUUUCACCACUGCGUCUUCUGUAUGUAAGACACCAGAAAGGUUCAACACAUGGCUUGAUGAGGUUCGAGCUGAUCCGAAUAUUCGUCGGACACUGCCGAAGCCGAUCGGAGAUAUGGUCGAUGAAAGCCUGCGGCUCCCCGCUUGGAUCUUUGACCCAAAUAGCCACUACUAUCAAACCUUUGAGUUGAUCUACCCUGGAAAACUUGGUGUCUUGAACGUAACACGCCCAGCUACGAGCAGCGAGCCACAGGAUGAGUCUACUUCGAAAGACUUGGUUCACGCGCUUCAACACAUCUUAUACGUUCAGGAUCGUCAUGAAGUGUUGUUCACUUAUGUAUGUCAUAGGAAUAUCCAUAGCGAAUCCGACUUCUGUCAGCCGCUGGAUCGUCUGGCGACUCAUGUCUGGUGUACAGAGCUCGGAAUGAAGGAUGGAUUCUGCUUUCGCUCGGAGUGCACAGUCAAACUACCUAACACAAAUAUUGUCCACAUAGCCGACUCGACCGUUGACUCAGUAUUAUUUCUGUUCAACCCUACCCCCCACAAUUUGGGUAGCUUCCGAGUAAUACCAACCCCUGUCCGAGCUGGUCUGACUUGCACGACGGACAUGGUCGAGAGUCUGGAGCUCGUUCAUUGGGUCACUGAAUAUAAAAAAUCUGAUUUGGCGGCGGUUCAGCAACAAGUGUACUACGGAAUGGUCUCUAGUCUCUGCUCUACGGGGGCAUGA